AGUUGGCAGGAAGAGCUCGAGAGACGAGGUACACGAUGGCUAUAUGACCAUCUCGAAGCCUUAUUAACCCAUCGACUCCCUGAUAUUCGUAGUAAUGGUCCGGUGGGAUAAUAUCAUUAAUGAUCUGCUCGAUCUCAGAGGUGGUCGUUGAUUGGACUUGCGCAUUGCAGCUUUACGCAAGGACUCCAGUGUUCCUCUGCAGCAUCCGGAGGAGUCCAGAUCCUGUUGGUGAAUGAGCUUCAGGACUUGAGUGGGAUGCGUGUCGUCUUUUUAUCUGCAGGCUGUUUGACCGGUGCUCGACACAUGGAGAAUCUGAGCGGGAUAUCUCCCUCUCUACUCUGCUGAGCUGGGUCUGAGUAAGAUUUUUCUUUCAAUCUGUGUCUCUCAGGAGGACCAUGCUCUGCUCAGAGCAUGUGGUGGUGGAGGAAUGGCUUUCAGAGUUCAAGACAUUACCUGAUGAGCAAAUCCAAAGCUAUGCUGCCAGUCUGCAUCUUAAGAAAGCUCUGGUUCCUGCGCUGUAUGCUGUUAUACGGGAGCAGCCCAGCAGUGAUCUACUAGCUCCAGUGUGUCACCAGUUGUUUGAGCUGUACCGGAGAUCAGAGGAGGGAUUACGUCGGUUUACCCUGCAGUUCCUGCCUGAACUCAUUGGGGUGUAUUUGCAUCAUUCAGCCUGUAGAGAGCGCCAUCGCAAUGGCUGCGUGGAAGCACUGCUGUUGGGCAUCUAUAACCUGGAAAUUGUGGAUGGCAAAGGAAAUGGCAAGCUAAUGUCAUUCACUAUACCGACACUCUCCAAGCCUUCAAUAUACCACGAGCCAUCCAGUCUGGGUACCAUGGCGUUAACCGAGGGAGCCCUGUACCAGCAUGACCUCAUCGGGGUGGUCUACAGCGGCCUGCUGUCCCAGAGAGAGAUGUUCACCUCACAGAAUAGAUUUCAGGUGCUAUCUUUUCUAUUGCUCUGCUACAACUCAGCCGUGGUCUACAUGCCUGCGUCCUCCCACCAGUCCACUUGCAGAAUGAGCAUACGGCUAUGUGUGAGCGGUUACCCACGGCAGCUGCAGAAGUCGUGGAAGGAGCCGCGUAACCGCGUGCGUCUGGAGCCGGAGUUCAUGGUGCAGAUGCUGACUGCUGUUUAUCAUGCCAUUUAUAAUGGGCAGUGGGAUCUGGGGAGGGAAGCGUUGGACGAUAUCCUCUACCGAGCACAGCUAGACCUGCAUGCCCAGCCAUUACUGGUGGCAAAUGCAAUUAGUCGUUCACUUCCGUCCCGGCCUCCGGAGGGCUCGAGGAACCUUCUUGAAGUUGAAGUAACACCUGCUGGUAGAUGUAUUUCACAGGCAGCUGUCACUGCCGCCUCCAUUCGCCGCCUUCGCUGGAAACGAGAGGAUUGUUUUGAUUUCACAUCCACGGCCGAAUUCUACUCCUCCAUCCCCAGCCAAUACACUCCCCCGGAGAAACCAGCCAGUCCUUUGCCAUGUGGGCGGAUCAAGUGCUCCAUUCACCUAACUUCGCAAGGGGAUGCAGAUGGCGUGAGCUGUGGAGAGGACUCUUUUGACCCAGAUGAAGGCUUCUCCUCUGAGGCUUCCAGCAGCAGUCAGCCCAGCAGUGUGAAACGUGACUGGAUCGCAACAGGAGUUCGACCUUCCCGGGAUCCAGGAGCCAGGCAGAGCAAGAGCACGCCGGACGAAACUAGAGCCGCCCUCCGAAGCCUCCACCAACGCCACCAAUCCCCUCGCCCUGCCGUCAGCCUCCGCACUGCAGAGAGCAGUCGUAGCCCGAGUCCCAGUGCCCCGAGGCGCUUUCUGGACCCCCAUUACAUCCCUCCUUUCGCUUGUCCACCACCCAAAACUGGCAGCACGUCUUCUACCAAGUCCUUGGACUGUACAGGCCUGAGCGGCUCAUUGGGGCCCACAGAUGGCCUGUCGCUGGGUAGUCUCAGUGCAGAUAGAGCGCACUAUCUGUCAGCAGUCAGCUUGCAAGGAGAGUGUCUUGGGGGUGCCGCAAGGAGCCAGGGUCUCCUCUCCCCUGGACGUCCAUUCUCCUCUGGAAGCCCUUUGUCUAAACAGUCUCGAUCAUCCAGUUUUAAUAUGCAGAUUAUAUCACAGGUGUAGGAUGAUGUUGCAAGGCUUGUCUGUGUGUGCGCAUGAGUGUGGGAGAGAGAGAAGCUGCAGAAAUGUUUAACAUGCACACGUAAUGCAUAUAAGCAUGUUGUCUGUGUGAAUGAGAGGUUGCAGACAUGCGUGUACUUUGCUCGUGUGAAUCUGGGUGCACACAUGUGCUCACACUUUUACCUCUGCAAUAGGCACUUGGUUGUGUGGCGAGGAGGAAAUGGGUGUUUUGCACAAUGCUUCCCCUAGUGGACAUGCUCAGAAGUGCACAUAAACAGAGACUGUUUGAAAUGUGCCAAACAAACAUACAAUAACAACAUGGUGUUAUUUUAAGAAGAACAAUAAACGUGUUACUGUAUCACAGCAAUGAACUUCAGAACCGAUGCAUGAUCCAAAGAGCCCAGCUGCAGGACGUCCUGAAGAAAUCUUCCAUUUCACUGCUCUCCACCCCACCAUAACUUGUGUGGACCGCCUCAAUGUGAAAUAAAAACAUGGUAUAUGUUGUAUUUUGGAACAAGUUUAUAUUUUAAAUUGUGUAUAUGAUUAUUGUAUAAUAGAAGGAGUGUAUGCUAACAGAAUAUUGUAUAUUGCUUGUACAGAAAUGGGAAUCUAUCCGCUGAAUGGUGAAUAAAUGUGCUGUUCAUGCAAAUGCAUUUGACAUGGCCUUGAUAUAUUGGCAAUAAAU